UGUUCCAGGGGAUUACCAGAUAUCCCAGUAGUAAUGGGAUCCUGUACAGCAGGAGGAGCAUAUGUACCUGCGAUGGCUGAUGAAAGUAUUAUUGUUGGCAAACAGGGAACAAUAUUCUUGGGAGGGCCACCACUGGUAAAAGCAGCAACAGGUGAAGAGGUAUCAGCAGAGGAUCUUGGAGGGGCAGAUCUUCACUGCAGAAAAUCUGGUGUAACAGAUCAUUAUGCUUUGGAUGACAAUCAUGCACUUCAUCUAGCAAGGAAAGCUGUAAGAAGUUUAAAUCUCCAAAAGAAAGUAGAUGUGACUAUAGAACCAUCGGGUUUUUUUCCUGCUGAUGAAAUAUAUGGAAUAGUUGGCGACCAGCUGAAAAGAAACUUUGAUGUCAAAGAGGUCAUUGCUAGAAUUGUAGAUGGAAGUAAAUUUGAUGAAUUCAAAGCCUUGUAUGGGGAUACGUUAAUUACAGGAUUUGCAAGAAUAUUUGGGUAUCCAGUAGGAAUUAUUGGAAACAAUGGAGUUCUUUUCUCAGAGUCAGCAAAAAAGGGUACACAUUUCAUCCAGUUGUGUUGCCAGAGAAAUAUUCCCAUUGUGUUUUUGCAGAAUAUUACAGGUUUCAUGGUUGGUAGAGAGUAUGAAGCUGGAGGGAUAGCAAAAGAUGGUGCCAAGAUGGUAACUGCUGUAGCUUGUGCCAAUGUACCUAAAAUAACAGUGAUAAUCGGUGGUUCUUAUGGAGCUGGAAACUAUGGCAUGUGUGGAAGAGCAUAUAGUCCAAGAUUUCUUUAUGUGUGGCCAAAUGCUCGCAUAUCAGUGAUGGGAGGGGAACAAGCUGCAACUGUUCUAGCUACCAUAGCUAAGGACCAAAAAGCAAGGGAGGGAAAACAGUUAUCUGAGGCAGAUGAAGCAGCUUUGAAGGAGCCAAUCAUUAGGAGGUUUGAGGAGGAAGGAAACCCUUAUUAUUCCAGUGCAAG